AGCACACAUAAUUCUGACGGAUCCGUCAACGUCACGUAGUCACAGCCGUAUUGUGUUUUAGUUUUUUGUUCGCUACAGAUUCAUUUUGUACUUGCUAACAGCUGUUUUGUUUAGAAAAGUUAAUUUGCAUACAAAAAACAACAAAACGCUGUAAACAAGUUUUAUUAGAUUUAAACCCGACUCAUUGUUGCCAACGUCGCAGACUAUCACAAAAAUGUCACUUGAUCAGUUGUUCGCCUCAGUAAACGUCAAAGCAUGAUGAAUACUCGUGAAAUGGGGAAGAACCUUAUCUGCUUCUAUGAGUUUUGUGCUCCUAACCUUUAUUUUGAAGGUAUCAGGUAUUUGUAAAUUUUCAAAACAUCUUUCCAAAUAAAAAUGCCUCCCAAACCGAAAUUGUACAGAGACAAAGACAAGGGAAAAAGCAAGCCCAAGAUCUCUCAAACAAAUCCUGAACAGGUUCCAGGUCCAUCCUCUGCGAUGACUUCAGAACAGGAACAACAAUUCCAAGUGGAGCUUUGUUGGUGCAUACAGCAAUUACAAAUAGCCUUACAAUCGGGAAAAUUGAAUAACAAACAAGUUAAAGAUCACACAAAUGCUCUUAAUACCCUAAUGAACAAUUCAGCCCCAUUGAUUAAGAAGCGACAGAUAAUGAGACUAUCAUUUGGAGAUUAUAGGGCGAAAAUGGCAUUGGAAGAGAAAAAAUCAAAAAACCAGAUGGUUAUUAAUGUAAAACCAGCAAUUCCAAGCAAAAAGUCCACAUUUUUCAAAAAAUCUGGGUUUUCUACAACAGGGAAUUCAUUCAGAUUUAAUUUUGACCCACCUAUAGAGACAAGUGGAGAAACUAUUAUAAAUGAUCCUUCAAAGACUGAAUUAACAAUACAACAGGAGGUAGACCCAUUCUAUUUUAAACCUUCAGAUAAUAGUUUUAGGUUUAAUUUUGUAACAGAAAAUGAAAAGCAGUCAUAGCAUUGGUAAAAAACCAUAUUUAAUGAGUUAAUUUUAUAACAAUAAAUAUAUUUUGUUACACGUUUAUGUUUAGUAAAAUCUAUGAAAGA